AUGUCGGGAGCCUCGAAAACAGAAUCGAUCUACAGUUGUAGCUCGCGGUCGUUCGAGUCGAAUUCGGUAAGCAAACCUUCUUCGGCCUGGUCGGCCGCGGCGUUUGCGAAUUCUUCCAGUACGCUGCUGUACAAGUGCAUCGGCUACGACCCGUUUUGCCAUCGAAACCGCGAACAUUUGUACCCGUGAGUGUAAUGCUCUAAUCGCGCGCGGUAAAUCGCAUCAUAACACGGUAAUUUCUACAUGUGUUUACGCCAUAUUGAGUGUUACGAUGAUAUCGCACGCGAUGGAUAAUAAUAAACAUGUAUUUCCGGGGCUCGGGUCAGCCUCACGUUUUUAAUCGAUUUCGGGACAUUAAGAAUAAAACACAUUUUUGGGCGUUUCCGGUGUUUCAAUAGUGAUUUUUCUAACAGCGUUGGGGUCUUCUCAACAAUAAUGACUAUUGAGAUACGCCCCGUUACCGCUAGAAAAAGCAUAUACAAUUUUUAUAUAAUUUGCCCAUUUUCACCAAAAAGUGACAUUCGCCCUUUGUUUAUCCCGGGUGUUUUCUCCUUUAAAUGUGCUCGGAUUGGAAAACAUAACAAAAGGGACUAAACGACUUAAAAAAAAAAAAAAUCAACGUCCCUUGUAGUUAUUGAACAUAAUCCUAUACCAAUUCGUAAACAUAAUUCAGUGAUAAAUAAUUUCCGAAAUUACUACAGGCUAACUUUUUACUAACAUAGUGUAUACUUAUUUUAAAUUCUACUAUGAUGAUUACUACUUUGAUACAUCUUUUUUUAUUUUUUUUUUCUUCUGUAUGUAAACUAUCUAUCAGAAAUCUUGCUCCAAUCAUCAAUUUUAUAAGUGAUGGUUUCUAGUAGAAAAUUGUGUCUAUUGAUGUAACGAGAAGAUUAUUUUCUUUUAAUUUUCUUUGUGGUAUUCUUAAUUAUGGAAAUAACCCUAAAAAAACAAAAACGUCCGGAAAACCGUACCUGAUAUUUUUUACACAAUAACGGUUCCUGUUAUAUUCGAUUUCGAUUUUUGUUGUAAUUCUGUAGUUAAUUUAGACGUAUGUAUAGUCUCCUAUAUGGGUCGGGCAUGGUCGAUUUCCGCCAAAAACGUACCUUUCCCUUUUCCACCAAUUAAUUUUUCCGCCAAAUGAAAAUAUUUAGUCUAAUAUUUGAAUAUCGAUGGACAUUUGCAUACAUUACAGUUAUUAAUUAGACAAAAAAAUAAAAUAAAAUUAUAAAGUUUUUAAAAAUUGUGUUUGAAUUAUUUAUUAAAUACAAUUUAAAAAUAAUUGUCCAUUGAUAUUCAAAUAUUAGACUAAAUUUUUUCAUUUGGCGGAAAGGGGAAAAGUUACGUUUCUGACGGAAACGGAUAACAGCUAUAGGUACAGAUUUCUUCCCAGACAGAGUACAUUCAAAAGAGCAUUUUCAAAACAUUCUGGCGAUUUUCCGGUUAUUCACAACCCCAUUUGAGUUUUUUUUAUAGUUGAAAUUGUUUCGACACGGCGAAAAUGUUCGAAAAUUUAACACGAGGGUUUAUCACGCGUUACAUGAACGGGAUGCAAUGAAUUUUUCUUUUUUCUCUAUGUAAGCGCUCAAAAAAAGAAUUUUAACGUGAAAACGUUUUUGACAAAAACGCAAAAUGAAACGAUAUUAUAUCUACGCUGAAACUAUGCGGGAGUACUCCGUCACCUGCCCUCCCCCCCAAUUCGAGCACCGGACCGCUCGGGUAUAUCGACUUCGUUAAUCCUUUAUUUCAUUUUUUUUUUCUCCCUCGUCACCGCAGGUCCUAUUUGUCAAUCGUGUUCGCCGUCUAUCGCGCCGUCGGCCUGGGUUUCCUGUGCAUGCCGCACGCGUUCCAGCAGGUGGGCGCGGUCGUCGGAUUGGCGUUGUGCGUGUUCGCCGGACUGACGUUCGGCUAUUCGUACACCCUUUUGGUGAGCAUCGCACAGGUGUUUUUGUCGCGGAAAGCCAUUGCGCGCGCCACUUCCUCGUGCAUACGCGCGCACGCACACGAACCCGUAUAUUAUUAUUGCUUUUGUGCGCGCGCGCGUGUGUAUGUGUAUGUGUGUGUGUGUGUGUAUGUGUAUGUGUAUGUGUGAGUAGUAGUAGUAGCAAUAGUAGUAGUAGCGAUAGGGUCGCAACGGCGAAAAGAAAAAAACACAUUUUGUUUUUUCGAGCUGGCUGGUAUACUGCAGUCGCGUAACCCACACGUAACCAGAUAACAAUACAAAGGUGUCACGAUAAAUCAAAUCCAUUUUAUGCCUGUACGCGCAUGUGUCGGUACGACGGGCGACGCGUAUUUUAUAUACGUUAUGUACACGUUGAAGACAUAACUCGAGUUUUGAAUUUUACACGAGAAUAUAAUAAUAAUCGUUGUAUAAAUCAAGUAUAAUUAUUUUAAUCGAAUGCGCACUGUCGUCGUAUUUCAUAAAAACUGUCAGUUUCGAUAGAACGUGAGACGCGUAAUUUAAGUUCGUAGAGAAAUUUAUUAUACAUUUAGGCGGGUACCAACCUAUACAAUAAUAUUAUAAUACGCUUUAUACGAAACAUAAUAUCGUCCCGUGUACACGACCAUUAUAAUAUUAUUGUUACGAACUCGAUAGGUUUUCGACUGCGAUCCUUAUAAACAAUACAAUAUCACUGUGUAUGACCGAAAUUAAAUCGUAUAAUAAUUCGUAAUAUUUAAAUCUUCGCACUAUCGGUUUCAAUUAUAUUAUUAUUAUUAUUAUUAUUAUUAUAUUAUAACGGACCGAAUUAAUUUUCCGACGACCCGACGACGUUACGGUCCUCUCUCUCGGGAUCAGGAAGCGCGUACGGGUCAUAUUAUUAUUACUAUAUAAAAUACGAAAGAUCCUGUGUCAAAAUAACCGAUUAGAAAUAUGUUUUAUAGUGCCGUUUUAGGUAUAAAAUAUGUCAAAUACACAAAGUGCCGACCACGGUGCCGCAUUAUUCUUAUCAGAACUUGAUCGAGUACAGCUUGGCAUUGGGCCCGAGAGUAAUCAGUAGUUUUUCAAAGUUUUUCAAGUAAAUAUAAUAAUAUAUCAUGUAUGCAUUAUAUUAAAAGCGGUGGCGUAUGAUUCAUACCAUAUUUAUGGUGUAAACCGAGAACGAGACGCGAUCUCUCCCGCUGAGCCGGAGUGCGUACCUAUAAAAUAAAGUUUUUUGUCGCACAGACUGUUGUUGGUUUUUUUUUUUCCUAGGUUUUUGUUCGUCGCCAUGAACCUGUCAUUGAAUUUCGGGGUGAGUUGCCUCUACACGAAAUUCGUGUCCACGGCUUUUCAAGAGGUAUUGGUUUGCGUUUAUUUAUUAUAUUAUACUGCAGAUUUAACAGCGUAA